AUGGAUAUUACUAAUGCAAAAAGUAACAGAGAAAAGAAUAAUUUCUUAGCAGCAUAUCAUAUUUUAAAGUUUUCACAAAAUGGCAAAGAUGAUACAGAAAUUGCAGACAUUGAACGCAGAUGCCUUGCCAUGAAAUAUUUAACUGCCAAAACAGGUAGAACAGAAGAUAUGGGAGCUUGUUUACUUCGAAGAUGCUUAGGAUAUCAGAGUUUAAUGGAAAAUAAGAAUGGUGUAAAUACUUACUGGAAACAGUUUAAGGUACAAACAGCAGAAAUGAACAAUAAUCAAGAAUGGAAGUCUGGUUUAAGUGAUCCAGAUAUUGCACUUAAUUUUGUAAAGCCUCUGCCUUGUCAGGACAAUAGCACAAUGCCGUGUCAAGGGAGAUUAUUUAAUGACAGACACAUAGAGAAUAUUAUAAACACAUGGAAGAAUAAAGAAAUGUUAGUACGAAACAGGAAAAUAAGUGGUCAGGUUAAAUCAAAUUUUAAUCAGGGAUCAUGUAAUUUGAAUAGUCAAAAUAAGGCUGAAGAUAACAUUUGUUCUGAAAUAAAUAGAUCUAUGUCUUGGCCAAGUAAUUCUAAAAGAGAAAAUAGUAGUGUACAAAAAAGUUAUACUAAAAGAUCAGUAUCUAAAUCAUAUUUUGUAAAUCAAGAAAAUCAAAAUCUAGCACAACAAAAAUCUGUUAAGGUUGAACCUAAAAUGCAUUCUAAAUUUGUGAAAGAAGAUUCAUCUAAUACAUAUAAACAUAAUCAUGAACCAUCCAGUAUGUAUAGAAAUAAUACAAGGUUAAAAUCACAAGCUUUUAAUCAGAAUAAAGAAGAAGAUACUGAUAUGGCUUAAACUAAAUUAAAUUACUUUAAGACUGCUAGGGAUGAAUUAAAUACCCAGCAAAUGAAAGCCAACAAACCUGCGCAGAAGAGAACUUUAGGUGGUAAAGGAUCAGUUAAUUCCCGCUUUGUUUGUUCCGCUAAAGAGAUAAAGAAAAAACAGAAGGUCAAGAUAACAAAUACUAUAAUGAAACUGAUGGAACAGCAGAAAGUAGAAGAUGAAAGAUUGAAAAACAUAGAACCGAAAUUGGUUGAAUAUAAAAAUGAAAUAAUGGACUCAAAGACUAUUAUUUCUUGGGACGAUAUUGCUGGUUUAGAAUAUGCAAAAAAAAUUAUUAAAGAAGGGGUAUAUCCUAUGUUGCGACCUGAUAUUUUUACGGGAUUGCGUAGACCACCUAAAGGAAUUUUAUUAUUCGGACCACCAGGUACUGGAAAAACGCUUAUAGGAAAAUGCAUAGCAUCUCAAAGCAAAUCAACAUUUUUUUCAAUCUCUGCAAGUUCUUUGACUUCAAAGUGGAUAGGUGAAGGAGAAAAAAUGGUGAGAGCAUUGUUCGCUGUUGCCAGAGUUUACCAGCCAUCUGAUUUUGUUGAUGAAAUAGAUUCAUUGCUUACUCAGAGAUCUGAAAGUGAGCAUGAAAGUUCAAGGAGAUUGAAAACUGAAUUCUUAGUUCAACUAGAUGGAGCUGAUGGGGAUGAAGAAUCGAUUUUGAUUAUAGGAGCAACAAAAAGACCUCAUGAAUUAGAUGAAGCAGCACGUAGACGACUCGUUAAAAGACUUUAUGUUCCUCUACCAGAAUUUCAAGCUCGCAGACAAAUCAUAAAUAUAUUAUUAACGAUUCCACACAAUCUUACCGAAGAAGACGUUAAUAAUAUAGCGGAACAAUCAAAAGGGUACUCGGGAGAAGAUAUGUCCAAUUUAUGUAAGGAAGCCAGUAUGGGACCAAUUAGAAGUAUCCCAUUCAGUGAUAUUAGAAAUAUUAGAAAAGAAGAUGUAAGACGAACAGUUGAUGAUUUCAAAGAAGCAUUAAUACAUGUACCUAGUGUAUCGCAAUCUAGUUUAUCUACUUAUGUUGAAUGGGAUGCUACGUGAACGGGAACAGCACAGAAUUAUAAAGCAUGA